CCACAGAGAACUACAUGUGCCUAAUCUUAAACAUUGAUAAUUUACAGUAACAAUCUUGUAGAAUGGCUUCACUAUUUACUCAGAAGAAACUACUCCUUGCGGUUUCGUUAGUUUUGGGGAUAUGGAUCUCCCAAUCUUGGUCAAGAUCACUACCGGAAGCCUCCUUGAUUGAAAAACAUGAACUUUGGAUGGCUCAAUAUGGGCUUGUGUACAAGGACAGUGCAGAGAAGGCAAUGCGGUUUAAGAUUUUCAAGGAAAAUUUGGAAUAUGUUGAAUCUGUGAACAGCGAAGGGCGACCUUACAAGUUAGGCCUUAACGCAUUUGCAGACCUCACCAAUGAGGAAUUUCGAGCCUCUAAGAAUGGUUAUAAAAGAAGCUUAAUCUCUUCUGGCACAAAAUCAUUUAGGUACGAAAAUGUGACUGCUGUGCCGUCAACCAUGGAUUGGAGAAAGAAAGGAGCAGUCACACCAGUCAAGGACCAAGGCCAAUGUGGAUGCUGCUGGGCUUUUUCUGCGGUGGCAGCCACGGAAGGAAUUAACCAGCUCACAACAGGAAAGUUGAUAUCUCUGUCAGAGCAAGAGCUGGUUGACUGUGAUGUGAAUGGUGAAGACCAAGGCUGUGCGGGAGGUCUCAUGGAUAGUGCCUUCGAAUUCAUUAUAAAAAACAAAGGUCUCGCCACUGAAGCCAAGUACCCCUACCGGGGAGUUGAUGGAACUUGCAGCAAAAGCAAAGCAUCUCCUUCUGCAGCAACGAUCACUGGUUAUGAAGAUGUCACCGCGAACAGUGAGGCAGAUCUCCUGAAGGCGGUGGCAAAGCAGCCAGUGUCUGUUGCCAUUGAUGCUGGUGGCUCAGACUUCCAACUGUACUCAAGUGGAGUCUUCACAGGCCAGUGUGGAACCCAGCUAGACCAUGGUGUCACUGCAGUUGGUUAUGGAACUGCCGAUGAUGGCACCAAAUAUUGGCUUGUGAAGAAUUCAUGGGGCACCAGCUGGGGAGAAAGCGGUUACAUCAGGAUGCAAAGAGAUGUGGAUGCUCCGGAAGGUCUCUGUGGCAUUGCCAUGGAAGCAUCUUACCCAACUGCUUAAUUCAUUAAUAGCACUUGGAGAAUUAUAUAUCGUCAUCAUCAUCAUCCUGCUGUAAUCCUUCACCAAUUCCGGAUUUCAUCAUUAUCCAACCUAAUAAAUUAUGUAUCGUGUGCACUAUGUGACAUUUGUUUUCUGUGUUCUUGAUUGUGUAAAUGCUUCUAAUGCAUUUGUAUAGUCUAUCUUUCUAUUUUAA